CCGACGGGGGCGCCCGCGCCCGCCCCGCUCUCCUUCUCGCCGCCGCGUCUCGACCUCCGAUCGCCGUCCGGCGCGACCCCGUCCGAUUCUAGGGUUUUGGCCGGCGGAUUGCGGCUCGACUACCGCCGGCUGGCGCAACCUCGCCGCGGAUUUCUUAGGGGUUUCCUCCGCUGGGUCUCGCCCUCCGAUCGCCACCCGACGCGACCCCGUCCGAUUCUAGGGUUUUGGCGGGCGGAUUGCGGCUCGACUCCCGCUGGCUGGCGCAAUUUCGUCCCGGAUUUCUUAGGGGUUUUCCUCGUUUUUCGCUUCCAGUCGAGAGAGGAGAAGAAGGAGAUGGGAGAAAGAAAGCUGGUGAACAAGUAUUACCCAUCGGAUUUCGACCAUUCGAAACUGUCUAGGCCUCGGAGGUCCAAGAAUGGGCAGAUUAAGGUCCGGAUGAUGCUUCCCUUGAGCAUCCGAUGCAAUGCCUGCGGGAAUUACAUUUACAAGGGCACCAAGUUCAAUUCCAGGAAGGAGGACGUCGUCGGCGAGGUCCGGUGCCCCUUCAAUUCUGUUUCCCAUUCGAAGCUCUUGACUUUGUUCUAAUUCUUGGUGUUGUUUUGACUUCGCAGACGUAUUUGGGGAUCCGGGUAUUCAGGUUUUACUUAAAAUGCCCCAAUUGCUCUGCCGAGCAUACCAUCAAGACGGAUCCACGGAAUUCUGAUUAUAUCGUUGAGUCAGGAGCGACGAGAAAUUUUGAGCCCUGGCGUGCAAAUGAUGAGGUGGUGGAGGGUGAGAAAAGGAAGAGGUGGGAGAUGGCUGACGGCAUGAAAUCGUUGGAAAAUAGAACUUUAGAUGCCAAGAGAGAGAUGGAUAUUGAGGCGGCCCUUCAUGAAAUGAAAUCUAUGAAUUCUAGACAUGCAACUGUGAGCACAGAUGCAAUGCUACAGGUUUUACAACGUAAAUCUGCUGCGAAGGAAGGGAAAUUGGAGGAAGAGGAUGAAGCGCUUACGAAAUCAAUAUUAUUUCAUACAUCCAUAAAUUUUCUCCGAAGGCUCGAACAUGAAGAUCUGACUCAACCUUAUGCUAGUGAUGACGAAUCAUUGCACAGUACUCUCAAGAGAAAAUUUUCUGAAGAAUCUCCUAACAAGCCAACAGAUUCCUUGACAGAAGCUACUUCUAGUGACAUGUCAAAUAACAGAGGAAAUUAUGUGGGUUCACGGGACCAGAGUGCUUCCUUUGUGCGAAUUGCUGUGGUAAAGAGAGUUGCUCCAACCACCAGCACUGGACUCGAGUUGGUUAGUCAAAAUUAUGAAAGUAGUGAUGAUGGCGAUUGAACAUUGGAUACCAUUCGUUAUCUUGUUGUAUUAGCAGUUUUUUGAUUCUAUCUUCCCUGUAAAUUCUGACUGAAGGUAAAAGAAAUGUGAAGUAGUACUUUCUGA